AUGUACAUGCUGCCAAUGAAAGUUAAUGAGAGCAACAUGGAGGAGGAUUAUCGAAACAUGAGCCAUGUUUCAGCUAGUAGUCGCAGUGACAUGUCUAACAUUGGAAUGGCUGAAGUUGAAAAUGGGACUUACAUUGGUAGAGAUGAAAGUGCGAGCAGAUCCCGUAGGUCCAUGUCAAAUAUGGAAUUGGCUGAUGCGGAAAGUGGGAUGUAUGUGGACAGAGAUGAGGGAGGGAACAGAUCCCGUAGGUCGCUGUCAAAUAUGGAAAUGACUGAUGCGGAAAGUAGGAUGUACGUGGGCAGAGAUGAGAGUGCAAGCAGAUCCCGUAGAUCGGUGUCAAAUAUGGAAAUGACUGAUGCGGAAAGUGGGAUGUAUGUGAAUAAAGAUGAGAGUGUGAGCAGAUCCUAUAGGUCAUUGUCAAGGUCGAGAGAUGAUCUUGCUGCCAGUAUGUCGGAUAUUAGUAGGAGAAGGCAGAGUUCAUUCUCAGCAGUGAGUCCUGAGGUUGAUACUAUGACCAGGCACCUGAGUACAAGCGUGGACCUGGAAAGGUCCAUGAGGGCUCGAGACCAGGAGAGAAUGGGUAGAUACAGUGAGGGCCACAAAAGUAGGUUUGGUUCUCCAAGCAGAAGUGAAAAAGACUUGCGAUUAAGUGAUGGUCUUUUGCAUGGGAAAGGAUCCCCAUUUGAUAUGCAGAGGUUGAACUCCAGUUACGAACAUCAAAACCGAGAGAAUCAGUCAAGAUCAGCUUCCAGAAGUGUAGGAAAUCGUUCAUCAAGGGAUCUGAAUAUAAGUUCAAGGUCAAGGCACAGCAGUGGUGAAAGUUUCUCUUCUUCUAGAAAUCCUCAUGCGUCAUCCAGGUCAUUUGAUGGCGGUCCACCGACUUCUAGCAGGGAAAUGUUUCAUGCUGAAAAUAUAGGUCAUGCUACUAUAACAGAUGAUAUGUACCAGUCACCGCGGAGCUUGUUAUCGGGUCGUCGAAGCCCCAGUAUUGCUUCCACUCCUCGGGUUCAGGAGGACUGGGAGUCCGGCAGUGAGCGGGGGGAUGGGAACAGCCCACUGAAGGCGGUCACACCAUCCCCCGUCGUCUCCCCUCGAGGAGCCAGCCCUGCAAGCUCCUCCCACAGGUCACAAGGGUCAGCGAGAAUGUCAUGGGUGUCAGAUGGGUCAAGGUCAGGGUCAGUCUCAGGUGGUUCAGUGAUGUCCUCAAGGUCACAACAGCCACAGCAGUCACCUAGGACUCGAAGCCAGUGAGGUAGAACCCCACUUAGGUCAUUGACCUUGCCGCAGUCAGAAUCCCGGACGAGAUCAGGGACUUUACAAAGUCAAAGGUCAACUCCUGUACUUCUAAGGUCAUCGCCAAGGCUUCAAGGGUCACCAAGUGCAUCUCUGAGGUCAACAUCAAGGUCAAUGCAAAGGUCAUCACCACGGACACCAGGGUCAAACAAAGGCACACCUAAAUCAGACAUGUCUGUUUUAGGUAGCAGUUCUAGACGUAUGGGGCUGUCGCAGGCUUCUCAAGUUAUAGCAGGGAAAAGACAAGGCUCGGCUGAGGUGGACGCUCUUCCUCAUCAGACAAUGCUGUUUCCCCCCCCCCCCAAUAGCCUCUACCCAGAACAUCGGGGCUCUCUCCCGCCUCUCCCCCCAGCCAUCAACAUCUAGACAGAGUAGAAUCACCGACUUUGUACAGCAGACAGAAGGCGAAAAUACAAACAUAACCUGA